GCUCGCGCAAGCCCACGAUCUGCGCCUGCGCAGGACAGACCGAGCUGCCGGCGGGGUACGCGGGACGAGGCGCCGGGCGGCAGCGUUAAGGACCGCGCGCGCACGCAGAUGUGCCCCCCUCGGGCACUCCCGCGCUGAGUCUGAGGCGAGCCCUCUAGUGCCUGCCCGCCAUGUCGCAAAUGCUGCACAUCGAGAUCCCCAACUUCGGGAACACCGUGCUCGGCUGCCUCAACGAGCAGCGCCUGCUGGGCCUCUACUGUGAUGUGUCCAUUGUGGUCAAAGGCCAGGCUUUCAAGGCCCACCGGGCCGUCCUGGCCGCCAGCAGCCUGUACUUCCGUGACCUGUUCAGCGGCAACAGUAAGAGCGCCUUCGAGCUGCCGGGCACCGUGCCGCCCGCCUGCUUCCAGCAGAUCCUGUCCUUCUGCUACACGGGCAGGCUGACCAUGGCGGCCAGCGAGCAGCUCGUGGUCAUGUACACGGCUGGCUUCCUGCAGAUCCAGCACAUCGUGGAGCGCGGCACAGACCUCAUGUUCAAGGUGAGCUCGCCCCACUGUGACUCGCAGACCGCCAUGAUCGAGGACGCCAGCUCCGAGCCCCAGAGCCCCUGCACCCAGCUGCAGCCGGCUGCCCCCGCCGCCCCCCCCUACGUCGUGUCCCCUUCCGUGCCCAUCCCACUGCUGACCCGCGUGAAGCACGAAGCCAUGGAGCUGCCGCCGGCCGCCGGCCCGGGCCUGGCCCCCAAGCGCCCGCUGGAGACGGGGCCCCGGGAUGGCACAGCGGUGGCGGCGGGUGCCACGGCGGUGGGCACAGCCCCUCUCAAGCUGCCCCGGGUCUCCUACUACGGGGUGCCCAGCCUGGCCACCCUCAUCCCCAGCAUCCAGCAGGUGCCCUACUCCCAGGGGGAGCGGACCAGUCCGGGGGCCAGCAGCCUGCCCACCACCGACAGCCCCACCUCCUACCACAACGAGGAGGACGAGGAGGAUGAUGAGGCCUACGACACGAUGGCGGAGGAGCAGUUUGGCCAGAUGUACAUCAAGGCCACGGGCAGCUACGCAGUGCAGGAGAAGCCGGAGCCCGUGCCCCUGGAGAGCCGUUCCUGCGUCCUUAUCCGCCGCGACCUUGUGGCUCUGCCCGCCAGCCUCAUCAGCCAGAUUGGGUACCGCUGCCACCCCAAGCUCUACUCGGAAGGGGACCCCGGAGAGAAGCUGGAGCUGGUGGCAGGCUCCGGGGUCUACAUCACGCGUGGCCAGCUGAUGAACUGCCACCUCUGUGCGGGGGUGAAGCACAAGGUCCUGCUGCGGCGGCUCCUCGCCACCUUCUUUGACAGGAACACUCUGGCCAACAGCUGUGGCACGGGCAUCCGGUCCUCCACCAGCGACCCAAGCCGCAAGCCUUUGGACAGCCGGGUUCUGAACGCUGUGAAACUCUACUGUCAGAACUUCGCGCCCAGCUUCAAGGAGAGCGAGAUGAAUGUCAUCGCAGCGGACAUGUGCACCAACGCCCGCCGCGUCCGCAAGCGCUGGCUCCCGAAGAUCAAGUCCAUGCUGCCCGAGGGCGUGGAGAUGUACCGCACGGUCAUGGGCGCCUCGGCCGCCGGCGCGCCCCUCGACCCCGACUUCCCGCCCGCCGCGGCGCAGCGAGCGAGCGAGCUCGUUCCAGCCCCGCCAGGUGCGUCCUCGCUCCCACUGCUGCUCCCGGACUCGAGACUGUUGCGUUGGAGCCGCUGCCGGCUGACGCUGCGCCCCGGCCGCUCAGCCUGCAGAGACGUCCGCCGGCGGCCAGGGAGCCCGGGGCCUCGGCGGCUUGCGGAGCCGGUGCAGGAGGUGGAAGUUACAAACGGAAGGAUGUGA